UCAGAAGUGGAUGCACCCCCAAGUGACACCUACUGAUGACUCAAACCCCUGGUGGGCAGCUUUUAGCCGGGUCUGCAAGGACAUGAACCUCUCUCUGGAGCCUGAGAUCACGCCUGCUGCCACUGACAGCCGCUUUAUCCGUGCGGUGGGGGUCCCAGCUCUAGGCUUCUCACCCUUGAACCGCACACCUGUGCUACUGCACGACCACGAUGAACGGCUGCAUGAGGCUGUGUUCCUCCGUGGGGUGGACAUAUAUACACACCUGCUGCCUGCCCUUGCCAGUGUGCCUGCCCUGCCCAGUGAGAGCUGAGCCCUGGAACUCCUCAACCUUUGCCCCUGGGGCUUCCAUCCCAACCAGUGCCAAGGACCUCCUCUUCCCCCUUCCAAAUAAUAAAGUCUACGGACAGGGCUGUCUCUGAAUUACUAACAGCAAGG